CCUUGACAAAAGAGAAAUGUUGGCGCAAGUUGACAUAAUUUGUCAAUUUUGUCAGCCGAAUCCGAGUCAGUGCUGCAUAACCAACAUGCAGGAAUACAUUUUGCUGUCCUUUGACAAAAUAAUCAUAGCCUACUAUAUAGAGAUGUUUUCCUUUAGACCUUCAUAACUCUGUCAAAGUCAUUAAGUUUUUUCUUAAUAUUUUCAGACAUGUUGACCAUAUUUAUUAAAAGAUUUUAUAUAGCCUAUUGAACUGUAUUUGAAAACGUUUCUAAAAACGAUGAUUAGCUAAGUUUAGCCUACACUCGCGUGUAUUAAAGGGGCAAAGGUUUUAGUGCCUAUAACCACUUUAAAUGUAGCCUAAGAGCUUUUUUUAUUUUAGAAAAUGGCAUAAUGUUUUUUUUUUAAAUACAAAGAACACACAACGCUACAUUUAUGUGCUUUAAAUAGCCUAUACAAAAUAAUGUUCCUUUUUAUCGUCUCAGACAGUCUUGUUUGUCAUCGAAAAGUGUCCUGAAACUCAACCAAGCCAGUAAGAGCAUGUGGUAGUAAACAGAUUUCGGUGGGUAUUCAGUUCUACUCGUCUAUUUUAGAGGGAGGAGCGAAAUGCUCGAGUAAGCCCAUUGGCACCGCGUCUGAAGGGAAAGAGAGGAAACUGAUGCACACAUGACAUUUCCUGACACUUUGCUCGUUGAUUGGUGCAGGAGACGUUUUUCCUCAAUGAAAUUACACGCAUUGAGAAGCCCAAUUGCACUGCGCACUAAUUCACUGUGAUGAAAGCGCAGGAGCUUCCCAGAUAAAAGCACAGAACUGCAGGACAUCGGAAAUUGACGAGGGGGUUAGGUAGGUUAUGUUUUAAAUGGCGAAUAACCGUACCUCCUUUUCCAUUCACAACAUAUUAAACGGAGGACUUGAUUGCGAGAGAAAUGCCGGAUUUGAUGAGGAGUACGCAGAAGAGCAGGAGGCGCAGGGUUGUUCGAGCUCUUCUCUGCCGGUGAGGAACGAUGGAGCUGAGAGCAUUUCGCCCUGUGUGCUCGUGCUGGACUCUUCACCCUCCGACCAGCAUUCAUGUGAGGAAGGAUCAACAGGAGGAGAAGACAAUUCACUAGAAAGACAGCACGAUCAUGACAAGGACCAAGAGAAACCACAGAGCUGCAACUUUGAAGACAACCCCAAAUCCACCAAAAAAAGGUCACGGGCUGCGUUUUCUCACGCACAGGUGUAUGAGCUGGAGCGCCGUUUUAACCUGCAGCGGUAUCUGUCCGGUCCAGAGCGGGCCGACCUGGCAGGAGCUCUCAAACUGACAGAGACACAGGUGAAGAUCUGGUUCCAGAACAGGAGAUACAAAACUAAACGGCGACAAAUGGCAGCCGAGCUCACGACAACUCCCACGACAGCCCUGGCAAAGAGAGUAGCAGUUAAAGUACUGGUGAGAAACGACCAGAGGCAAUACAACACAGAGGAGCUGCCCACUCCGUCUGUUCCUCCAGUAUACCAGUCAUUCCCUUACUAUCCUUACAUGUUCUGCUUCCAGCCGUGGAUCUCAGGAAACACUUUAAGUGGUGGCCUGUACUGAUUUACCAGAGUUGUAGCAUCAAGUGGAAAAUGACUGUGGGGACAUAAACAAUCAAAAACAGCCAAAGAGUAAACAAAACUGCUAUCCUUCCAUGGAUUAUCAAUGCUGAAACUACAAUAAACUAUGACCAUGAAACUAAAAGAGGAAUAUGAUAUACUGAUGUUCAAUAAUGAUCAUUAAGCCAAAGCAAAGACACUUCACCCAAACGAGUUUCUAUCAUUUGUAGUUAUAACCGUCUUUUUUAAUGUUGUACAGUAAUGCAUUUGGACAAAUAUGCACACUUAAAAUCUAUGGAUUAUACUGCGUUAGAUAACAAAAUAUUACACCAAAAAGUGCUAGCAAACAAAUGAUGCUAAACUCUUUGAUGCUAUUUUUACUAGAUAGGUGUUUUGACAAAGUCAGAAAGUGUCGAAACGGUUUUUAGUGUAUAAUUUGAAACGUAAAAUAUUGGGUUUGUAAAAUGUUUUGCAUUAUUGAGCCUUUACAUUUUUCAGUUUAAUAUUCGUGAUCUAAUGCAAAGGCAUGCAUGCAUUUAAGUCCUGCUUAAGUGCUCAAAUGUAGGUCUACUGUAAAUUAUAUGGAGUGUGUUUAGCUAGUUGAAAUAAUUUUUCUGUUAGCAUUUGUCACCGAUUAAAUUUCUUGUUUAUUUCAAUCACAAUGGAAAAUACACUCUAUGGUGCACUAAGUCUUAUAAUGUGUCUCCUGCUUUAAUUCAAUGCUUAAAUCCAGUAUCAAAGCAGAAAAGCAGAAAGCUUAAACUGGGUUUGUCAACACAGAGAUAAAUGCCUUAAAGGCAAUAAUUUAAGAG